AGUCACCGCGCCCUUGCAAACGAGACGAUUACUAAUUCAGCACUGACUGUAUAAUUGGACCGACAGGGGGACACCAACGCACUCUGCCUCUGUAUAAAAAGUGAAGAUCACUGCAGGUAAAAGUAUUCCAACAGUGAACGUCGAGAUGGCUCCAUAUCUGUCCUUACUGCUGCUGUUUGCAUACGCCUCCACUGGCUCUUCAGAUCCAAAUAGCUGCAGGGGCCGUUGUGGAGAAGGCUAUUACAGAGGAAGUUUGUGCCAGUGUGACUACGAGUGCCUGGGCUUAAACGAGUGCUGUACAGACUUUACACAGUUGUGUACUACAAAGGACUCAUGCAAAGGACGCUGUGGGGAGCCUUUUCAUAGAGGCAAUCCAUGUCACUGUGAUAUCGACUGUGUCUCAUAUACUCAGUGCUGCCCUGAUUAUGAGAACAUGUGCUUGGUAGAAGAUACUGCCUUAAAGCCAAGAAACACUGCCACCGCAAGGAUCGCUAACUUAUGCCUAAACAUAAAGAAUAAAAAGCCUACAGAAACCUCUAAUGAGGAGAUGACCAAUGAUGAAGGGAUUGGUGAGGCAGAAGAGGUAACGACCCCUGAAGAUGAGAGUGAGUCUACACCUUCGGAGGGCCUUGAUGCGAGCAGCACACUCCCUGCUGAUGAGAACCCAAUAGAAAGUCCAUCAAGCACAGCAACAGAGGGUCCUACUAACUCAGAAUCAACAGAAGGCCCAACAAGCACAAAACCAGAGGGUCCUACUAGCUUAGAACCAACAGAAGGUUCAUCAAGCACCACACCAGAAGGUCCUAGUAGCUCAGAACCAGUUUUGGAACCAACAGAACUUCCAUCAAUCGCAGCACCAACAGAAGGUCCUAUAAGCUCAGAAACAACAGAAGAUCAACCAAGUGCAGCACCAACAGAGGGUCCACCGGUUCCAGCAACAACAGUGGGUCCAACUAGCUCAGAACCAACAGAACCUCCAUCAAGUGCAGCAACAACAGAGGGUCCUACUAGCUCAGAAACAACAGAUGGUCCAUCAAGUGCAGCAACAACAGAGAGUCCUACUUUCUCAGAAACAACCGAAGGUCCAUCAACCACAGCACCAACAGAUGUUCCAUUAAGCGCAGAACCAACAGAUGUUCCAUUAAGUGCAGAACCAACAGAUGGUCCAUCAAGCACAGCACAAACUCUAGGUCUUCCAAGUGCAGCACCAGCAGAAGGUCCUUCAAGCUUAAUGCCAACAGAGAAUCCUACUAGCACAGGACCAACAUCACAGAGUGAGGAACCAAAAGAAUCUCUCAAGGAUCCCAUAACUACCCCUGUCCCAAAGAAGACACUAUCCACUCCUGCUCCAGUGAAACCAACAAAAAAACCUAUUAAACCUAGCGUAGACAACGACAAAUCUGAACCAAAGGAACCUCUUAAGGACCCUACUGAUCUUGUUCCAAUAAAACUAGAAGAAAAACCUCUUAAACCAAGCUCAGACAAGAAUGGCAAAACAGAUAGUAAUAAAGAUUAUCAAGCUGAUGAUUACGACACUAACCUCUGCAGUGGGCGUCCAGUCAGUGGUUUGACUACUCUCAGAAAUGGCACCAUUGUGGUGUUCAGAGGACAUUAUUUUUGGACACUGGACAAACAGAGAAAUCCUGAUCCUCCUCAGUUAAUUACACAGGUGUGGGGAAUCCCAUCUCCCAUCGACACGGUUUACACCCGCUGCAACUGCCAGGGCAAAACCUACUUCUUCAAGGGAAGGAACUACUGGAGGUUUGAGAAUGGUAUGAUGGAUCCUGGCUUUCCCAAACCCAUCAGCCAGGGCUUCGGACAGAUCGGGCAUAUCACAGCUGCUUUAUCUAUACCCGAGUACAGAAGCAGAAAAGAGUCUGUAAUCUUCUUCAAAAGAGGUGGAAUGGCACAAAAAUACACGUACCAGGUUACUCCAAAAUGUGGGAAAAAGCCAAGAAUUUCUGUGUAUACAGUGAGGACAAGAGCCAGACGACAAGCUGACGCAGCUCUGGGGCAGGUGAUCAGUAUCUCAAAAACCUGGAAAGGAUUUCCAACAGUGGUCACCUCAUCCGUGUCUGUUCCCUCAAGGGUGAAAGAGGGAUACAAGUAUUACGUAUUCUCUCCAAACAAAUAUUACAGCAUGAAAAUGGAAAGAGAAAAACCAGUGAUCCUAAAACCUGCUGUUGGUCCAAAGGAAAACUCCGCAACCAGCUUCUUUAAAUGCCCAGAAAAAUUGAGGCAUUAAAUGUUUUUCCCUCAUUCCAUAUAGGUGAUCCUGAAGGAGAAGUCUCUGGGGUAUAUGUGCAACAAUAGCUGAAAAUAUGAUGUAUCAAUUGUUUUUUUUUUUUUAUGAGAAAAAUUAUUAGGAUAUUAAGUAAAGAUAAUGUUCCAUGAAGAUAUUUUGUAAAUUUCCUACUGUAAAUAUUAAAACUUUUGAUUAGUAA